AUGGAUGUAAGACUCCUACCUUCUUUAGCCGCCUGUCCUCAUCGCAGAUCCAGGCGCAAGAAGACAAAAUGUACCGGAGACCGCCCUAUUUGCUACCACUGUCGACGCAAUCGCUUAGCCUGCGUCUAUGAGCCCUACUCGGCAACUGUGGCAGAGAACCCUAGUGCGCCAAACCCGCCUAUGUCCUUGCCUUCUGCAGCGCUCAAUUUAAACAACAUUGAAUUAUUACAAAGGAUUAGCACGAUUGAGUCUCGCCUUGCACAGAUCAGUGGGACGACCCGGCAAGACGCGACACCUCACUUUCACUUUCCAAUCGCGCAAGACCACGCCCAAGUAUCACCGACUCGAGACACUUUUUCCCAGCCAGCUCCAUUACCACAAGCAAUAUGCCAAGAGAACACAAACCUUCCUCCACCUCAUGUUCUGAGCUCUGUGAUCGACACUUAUUUUCUGCGGGUCCACAAUCAGCCGUAUUCUUAUUUCCAAGAGACUUCAUUCCGACAGAGGCUAGAGAGCGAUUCUUUACCUCGAUGUCUGGUAUUAGCGGUGCUCUCCUCUGCUGUGCGAUUCUCGACCCACGCGUUCUACGCGGGUCAGACGCGUCAAGCCUCGGAGAAGUAUGCGAGAGAAUCAUGGCUGUCUGUUCUGGGUGACCACUUAACCAUGGAAGACAAUUUGAAUGUUCACGUGGUGCAGACAGUCAAUUUGCUUGCCGUGGUCGAUUAUACAGCCGGUCGCGCACGGUCGGGUUGGCUCAAGAUUGGGUUGGCCGCCCGAAUAUCUCAGGACUUGCACCUCAUGGCAGAACCGGAUGUAUGGCUUUCUUAUUCUGAACAAGAAGAGCAGCGAAGGGCGUUUUGGUCAAUUUAUCUGCUCGACAAACUCAUUUCCUGCGGGCGAUCUCGGCCCCUUGUGAUCUUAGAUGAAGAUUGCGAACUUCAACUUCCAUGCGACGAGAACACAUUCCGACAUGGAGAAUGGAGAAAGACCAGUACUAUUGAUCAAUUGCUGAAUUGGAACUCUAAGCUGACCGAAAGCCCCAGCCCCUUUGCGCUUGUCGUGUUGAUGGCAUCGAUAUUUGGCCGCUGUACAAGAUACGUCCACCAAAGUAAGAAGAUGGAAGAGAUUCCGCCAUGGGACCCGAAAUCAGAGUUCUCAGCAAUAAAUUCAUCUCUGCUGCUCUUGGAGUCAUAUUCUAAGAGUUCGAAUUGGCAACUCUCGGACAUCCUUCACGGGAGUGUUCAGGCGGAUGCAACGGUCGAUCGGCAGGAGAUUGGACAUCUCAUCUUUGCUCACACCCUUUUCCAUCUCUGUCACUGUCUUUUGAAUCAUCCGUUCCUAGUGCGGCGGUGGCUUAAACCUUAUGGAGCCAAGGCACCCGCUAGUUUCUCCUCUCGGGCCCUGCAAGAUGGGUGCGACCAUGCAGCACAGCUCAUGGAUCUUCUUCAGCAGGCUAACGAUCAUGGAUGUCUUGUUGAGUCUUCGUUCUAUGCAUACUGCAUUGCUGUUGCUGGGGGCAUUCACUCUCUAGCCACGCACUUCAAUCAAGAUCGAGGCCGCGAGACAAACAAUGUCAUUUACCUCCAGCAAAGUAUAGAUUCGCUGGAGAGAUUGGCAAAGCUUUGGGUGCAUGCUGGGAAUAUCGCUGCCUCACUGCGGGAAUUUCAUUCCAUCUCUCAGCCAUUUGCUACCCUCCUUGACCCUAGCCACUUGAUGGACGAGUUGGACUUUGGUUCGGAGGAGGUCAUGUGGUCGAUGAUAGAUUAUGCCAUACUGGGCGCUGACCCGAGUAAAAAGCAACUUUCACCCAAAACAGGAGCGAACCUCCCGUCGCCCACCUCGUGGGCUCUGGGGGCCGGGAUGCUAGGGCAAGACGGAUACAGCCCCGGUGGCAACAUACUAGGAGGCAUUACCCCCUCCAUGCGGCUUGAAGAACAUCGUAAGAAUCUCAAUUGGGGAAUCUUACGGACUCGGUCCGCUCGGUCCGAUAACCCUUUCUACUCAAACCGAUCUACAUGCAACGUGCGUGGAAUAAGAGCAGGUCUGUCGCAGCAAGCAACAUGGCUCCUGGGAAUGAAUACGGACCACAAUUAUGGCUCACCAACAUCAAGCGUCCCCGUGGGAAGGGGUCGUAUCGGUGUUAAAACGCGGUUACAAGUUCAAGUUCGCCGGCACCGAAAAGAAACCACCGAUAGAGAAAAGCCGACCACUGCCGAGGGCACUUCAGACGAUCAUGCAAACUAUGAUGGCUUGCUCGCCGCUGUCAGUCAGAUCGUUCGAGAAGAAGGUAUCUCAGGUCUCUACAACGGUCUCGCAAGCUCUAUUUUAGGAACAGCCUCUAUGAACUUUGCCUAUUUCUACUGGUCCACGGCAGCCCGAAGCUUCCAAGUAUCGACAUUCAAAAGACAUGGAAUCUCCGACGCCAACAGUAUUACCAAAGAGCUCGUAUUGGGGGCGGUGGGUGGGGCAUUGGCUCAACUAUGCACCAAUCCAAUCGCAGUGAUAUCUACUCGACAACAGACACGCAGGGACGACCACAAACGAUCAAUGUGGGAAACAAUGCUAGAAAUUGUUCAGAGCGAAGAUGGUUGGACGGGUCUUUGGCGGGGCUUCAAGGUCAACUUGAUCCUGGUCAUCAAUCCUAUGAUCACAUAUGGUGUUUACCAAUGGCUCAGAGAGGGGUUGCUUGCCCUCAGAAAAGGCAAAAGACUAGGAUCCACUGAUGCUUUCUUGUUGGGUGCUUUGUCGAAAGUUCUCGCGACCAUCGCUACACACCCACUGAUUGUCGCCAAGACAAUGCUUCAGUCCAAGCCCCCACACUGCCGUAUUGGAAGGCCAUUCUCGGGGUUCACUGAAGUCAUUCGCUAUAUUGUUAGGAAUGAGGGCCUCUCCCGCUUGUACAAGGGGUUAGCACCACAGAUCAUCAAAGGAUUCCUGGUUCAAGGUUUGAUGAUGAUGCUCAAAGAAAGGUAA